AUGGCGCGGCGGUCGGGCUGGUUCGGCUUCGGUUUCUGCGGCUUCGGGCAGGCGCUGGGCGGGGGCGGCGGGGCCGGCGGGGCCGGGCCGGCGAGCUCGGUGCUCAGCCCGGAGCCGCUGCGGCUGGGAGGCGGCGCCGAGGACGAAGGGGAGGCGGACGCGGGCCCCGCCGGAGACGACGGCCACGCCUGGCGGGUGCGACCCAGCUGGAGCUACAGCGCCUUCCUCGGCGAGGGCGGGCGUCUGCUGCUGUCGGGCUCCGCGUCGGGCGGCCUCCCCGCCGGCUGCCGGGACCUGCUGGGCUCCGAGCGCCACCUGGUCCUGCUGCUGGAGGGGCCGGAGGGGCCGGAGGGACCGGGCGAGCUGCAGGCGCGGGCGGCCGGCUCGGGGCUGCGCGGGGAGCCCCUCUGGAGGCGGGCCCUGACCCCCGGGCCCCCGACCCCCGGGCCCCCGACCCCCGCACCCCCGCCGCCCCUGCUGCCCGGACCCGGACACGCCAGCCCCCGGCCCCCCUUCUACCGGCCCUUGGCGGCCGGGCUGCGGGCCCGCAAGCUGGCCCUGGGCCGCCGCCACGCGCUGCUGCUCGCCCACGCCGGGGCCCUCUUCGCCUGGGGCGCCGGCAGGCACGGACAGCUGGGCCACGGGACCCUGGAGUCGGAGCGGGAGCCGCGGCCGGUGGAGGCCCUGCGGGGGCUGCCCGUGGCCGAGGUGGCCGCCGGAGGCUGGCACUCCCUCGCCGUCGGCGAGAGCGGCGACGUGUACGUGUGGGGCUGGAACGAGUCGGGGCAGCUGGCCCUUCCCUGCCGAGCCCUGAGCGGGAAGCCGCCGCCUCGGCCCACCCAGGCCGCUGAAGGAGCCCGGCCCGGCUCGAUCAGCCACGACGUCCAGAAGCCAGCGGCGGACGGGGACGGGGACGGGGACGGGGACCCGUUUAUCGCCAUCCAGCCGUUCCCCGCGCUCCUGGACCUGCCCCGGGAGCAGGAGGCCAGCAAGGCCAGCUGCGGGUCCCGACACACGGCGGUGGUGACCCGCAGCGGGGAGCUGUACACCUGGGGCUGGGGGAAGUACGGGCAGCUGGGCCACUCGGACAGGGCCAGCUCGGAUCGGGCCCGGCGGGUGGAGUAUUUCGUUCGGCACCGGCUGCGUGUGGAGGAGGUGACCUGCGGCCCCUGGAACACGUACGUCUACGCCGCCGGCCGAGGACCGCCGACCUCGCCCUCCCGCCCCGGCGCCGCGGGGGCCCCAGCCGAGCCCAGGUGACUGCCGGACCUCAGCCGUCGGCGGCGCCUCGGGGUCCGGGCCCGUGAGCGGCGGCUCGGGGCGCGAGAGGGGAAUCUGCCGUCUGCCCCACGCAGAGCUGAAACUGCGUUAAAAUGUUUACCCGAGUUUGCCUUGCACCGGUCCCGCCUCGUCCUCCAGAGCCAGCCGGGUCCCGGCCGGGGCGGGGGAGAACGGGCAGUCCUCUUUAUCGAGCGCUGACUGUGCGCAGAGCGCCGUACUGAGCGCGGAGGGGAGGGCGAUGCAGUAGGCACAUUCCCUACCCCUGUUAACCCCUUUGGUCUCACACGAGCUCUUCUGGAGCCAGCUGGGCCCCGGGCCCGUCGCUCAGGUUCGCUCCCGUGAGCUGAUGGAGUCUUUAUUAAAACGUUUCACCCUG